UAAAGAAAAGUAGAGGAAGAAUAGUCACGUUACUUAUUUAUGCGAUUCAGGUAAAUCCAAAUCGUAUGUAAACAGACGCCAUGGACCAACUUCUUUUUGCGUCUUUCUUUUUUUAUGAGUGUAUUCAUUUUAAAGCGACAUAGAAACAAGGCAUUUCUUUAAAACGAAUUGAUCACUUGUUUAUCUUUUCAUAUCGAAAGAAAUCCAUUGAACAGCUACAUUUCUCUGGGUGGGUUCAUCUUCUGUCUGUCUCUUUUACUCACUAUGUCUGUCCAAAUGAUAAUUCAUGAUUGUUGCAAGUACUAGACUUAAAGUAACCCUGCCUUUCUAAGUAUUCAUUAUUAUCAUCAAAUCAAAAUAAAAUCCCGCAAGAAAAAAAAAGGAGAUGGACGAUCGAUAAAGAUGUAUAGAUGAUACUUGUUCUUCUUUCCUUCACUUUUUCCAAAUGAAAGUAUUGAUUUGUAAUGACGAUGGCCCACCUAGUUGGGAAGAAUCUCCUUUUAUUUUACCUUUUGUCCAACACUUGGAGAGUCUCGGUUGGGAAGUCAAAGUAUGCUUACCAGACAGUCAAAAGUCCUGGAUCGCCAAGUCCUUUCUGAUCAAGGACGAGAUCUACCUUCGAUACUUCAACAGAAUCACACAACAAAUAACUGUCGAGAAAGAAAACGAGAAUGACUUUUUCUUGUUAAGUGGGACACCUGCUACGUGUGUCAAUAUUGCUCUGAAUCAUCUAUUCCGAGACCAAGCGUUUGAUCUUGUUAUCAGUGGGCCUAAUUUCGGUAGAAACUUUUCAAACCUAUUUACGUUAGCUUCAGGCACAGUAGGUGCUGCUACAGAAGCCGUCCUCAAUCAUCAAAAAGCAGUAUCUGUGUCUUUUUGUUUCUGUAAUAAGCGCCCUGAAUGUAUUCAAAACUGUUGUGAAACAGCCAGCGACAUCAUAGAGCAUCUUGUCAAGCUGGAUACUCCAUGGCCAUCACUCGGUUCUUUCAACAUCAAUAUUCCCAUGACAGACACAAGACGACCUGUUCAGUUGACCAGGUUUUACAAUACGCGUUAUGGAUCUCUGUUUGAGAGAAACAAGAAUAAGUUUCGAUUUAAGCCUGAUUUUGCUCAAGUGCAUCAGGAUCAAGGUGUGCCUGGAACAGACCAAUUUGCUUUAAUGAAUCAAUUUGUCUCAGUGACACCCAUGAUAGCAGCAUUCCAAGAAGCAAAUGUAGAUGAUUUAGACUUUAAUUUCGAUGCUUUAAACAAACAGUAAAGUUUGGCAUGAUGCCACUCAAGCUAAAGAGACUUACAAACCACAAUGAAUUGUACUCUGAUUAAAUCAUACUGAGAGUGAAUAAAGCAACAACCUUGAG